CGCCCUGCUGCCCACUCGAACGCGACCGCUUCCCAGAUCCAUCUCCAGCAGCAGCAGCAGCAGCUCCCUCCCAGAUCAAUUUUCCGUCCCGGUCCCGGGCCACACGUCCUCGUCGUCCCCUUCUCAGCACAGGGCCACGCGCUGCCACUUCUAGACUUCGCCUCCCAGCUCGCCGCCCGCGGCCUCCGCCUCACCGUGGUCACCACGCCGGCCAACCUCCCGCUCCUCUCCCCUCUCCUCGCCGCUUACCCAAGCUCCAUCCGUCCCCUCACGCUCCCCUUCCCAACCCACAAUUCCCUCCCGCCCGGCGUCGAGAGCACCAAGAACUGCCCCCCUUCCUUCUUCCCCGCCUUCAUCCACGCCUUCGCCGCGCUCCACCACCCCAUCCUCUCAUGGGCCAACUCGCAACAGCAGCAGCACGACCCCGUCGUCGCCAUCGUGUCCGACUUCUUCUGCGGGUGGACGCAGCCGCUCGCGGCGGAGCUCGGCGUGCCCCGGCUCGUCUUCUCGCCCUCCGGUGUCCUCGGCGCCGCCGUCCCGCACUCGCUCCUCCGCCGGCUCGUCCGCCGCCCGCCGGACGAUGCCGAUGACGGGUUUAAGGUCGCCUUCCCGGGGAUUCCUGGGGAGCCGGCGUACCAGUGGAGGGAGAUCUCCAUGAUGUACAGGAUGUACACCGAAGGCCGCCUGGAGCCUCAGGUCGGGGAGGCCGUGAGGAGGAAUUUCCUCUGGAACUUGGAGAGCUGGGGAUUUGUGUCGAACACGCUGCGCGCGCUCGAGGGGAGGUACCUGGAGGCCCCGCUCGAGGACCUCGGGUUCCGGCGCGUGUGGGCGGUGGGACCGCUCGCGCCGGAGAAGGACGUCGCCGGAGAUAGAGGAGGCGAGGCGGCCGUUUCCGCCGGCGAUCUCGGCGCCUGGCUCGACGGCUUCCCGGAAGGCUCGGUCGUGUACGUCUGCUUCGGGAGCCAGACGGUGCUGAACCAAGCCGUGGCUGCCGCGUUAGCCGAGGCGCUGGAGCUCAGCGCCGUCCCGUUCGUGUGGGUCGUGGGCGCCGGCGCCGGGGACGAAGUGGUCCCGCAAGGCUUCGAGGCGCUCGUGAGUCGCGGGCGGGUGGUGCGCGGGUGGGCGCCGCAGGUGGCGGUGCUGAGGCACGCGGCGGUGGGGUGGUUCAUGACGCACUGCGGCUGGAACUCGGUGCUGGAGGCGGUGGCCGCCGGGGUGCCGAUGCUGGCGUGGCCCAUGACGGCGGAUCAGUUCGUGAACGCGCGGCUGCUCGUGGACGAGGCGCGCGUCGCGGUGCGCGCGUGCGCGGGAGGCGUCGGCGUCGCCCCGGACGCCCGCGAGCUGGCCGCCAUGCUGGCCGGCGCCGUCGGGGAAGGUGGGGGCGGCGCAAGGGCGCGCGCCAGGGAGCUCGCGAAGGAAGCGGCGAGCGCGACCAUGGAAGGCGGGAGCUCCCGCGAUGAUUUGGACCGCUUGGUGCGAGAGAUUCGGAAGCUUUGAGAUCCAUCCACGUGGCUCCGCACAGAACACGUGUUCUGGAAGGAAGACUGGCUUGCUGUAUGCCUGUAUGAAUGUGAUGGAAAAAAGGAUGGGAUGAGUAUAUAGUAUAGAUUUAUUUAUCCUAAAUUAUUUAUUUAUUUAUUUAUUGUGUAUUUGUAUAUUUUUAUUUGUUUGUGAAGAGAUUUCAAAAAAUCGGAUACACAUCUCUCACAGCACAAA